AUGGCAUUUGAAGUAAGAGAUGGUGUUGGUGAUUGGCCUUUAGAGCUUUUUAAAGAUUGUGCUUCUACAAGUGAAAUUGAUGGAAAUACAGUUUCUUUUACAUUUCAAGAGUCUCAAGAAGAACCACUGCUUGAAGCCAAUAAUAUUUAUGAUGAAGUUCCUUAUGAAGGGCAAAUGUUUAAUAGCUAUGGUGAAGCUUAUGAAUUUUAUUAUGCAUUUGCACGAAAAAAUGGCUUUUCGAUUAGACGUGAACAUACUUACAAAUCUAGUAAGAAUCAAACUGAGGAGAAUCCAUUGGGUAUUUAUAAAAGGGAAUUUGUUUGUCAUCGUGCUGGUUCUGUUAAACAGCGCAAAAUUAUUGAAGAGGAAAGUCAAAGAAAACGGAAAAGUUCAAGAUGUAAUUGUGGGGCAAAAAUGUUGAUUAACAAAAAGACAAUUGACUUUGAGGAAAAAUGGGUGGUUAAAUAUUUUUAUAAUUACCACAACCAUGAUUUAUUAGAUGAUAAAGAGAUUCAGUUUCUUCCUGCAUAUCGAAACAUCCCAAUUGUUGAUAAAAAUCGUAUACUGUUAUUGUCAAAAGUUGGUUGCUCUGUAAGCCUCAUAAUAAGAGUGUUGGAGUUAGAGAAAAGGAUUGAUCCAGGAAAUCUACCAUUUUUAGAGAAGGAUAUUAGGAAUUUUAUUCAAUCUGAAAGUGGUAUUGAUAAAGAAAAUGAUGCUUCAAAUCUUCUCAAAUUAUGCAAAAGUUUGAAAGAUAGAGAUAAUGCCUUCCAAUAUGAUUUCACAAUAGAUGAAAAUAACAAAUUGGAGCAUAUUAUUUGGGCAUUUGGUGAUUCAAUUCGAGCAUAUGAAGCUUUCGGAGAUGUGGUUGUUUUUGAUACAACAUAUCGAAUAAAUCGUUAUGAUACGCCUCUUGGAUUAUGGGUUGGGGUUGAUAAUCAUGGAAAUUCAAUUUUUUUUGGUUGUGUUCUAUUGAGAAAUGAGAAUUUUUUAAAUUUUGUCAAAGGAAAAUGUCCACAAACAAUUCUUACUGACCAAGAUCUUGCACUCAAGGAAGCUAUCUCAAUGGAGUUCCCGAACACAAAACAUGCAUUUUGCAUAUGGCACAUUGUGGCAAUGUUAUCAAGUUGGUUUUCUUUUCCAUUGGGUUCAAGAUACAAUGAAUUCAAAUAUGAGUUUUAUAGGUUGUACAAUUUAGAAUGUGCAAAUGAUUUUGAGCAAGAAUGGAACUUGAUGGUUUCACAAUUUGGUCUAACUUAUUUGAGAGACUUAUUUUUUGCUGGGAUGACAACAACUGGACGUUCAAAAUCUAUGAAUUCAUAUAUAAAAAGAUUUUUGGAUGUUGGUGUUGCUGUCAACAUUAGAAAUCAAGCUGGAGAGGAGGCAAGAAUGCGUCAAAAGUACUAUAAUCCUCAAAUUAUAACAGGUUUUCCUCUUGAGGAACAUGCUGCAUCUAUACUCACACCAUAUGCCUUUGAAUUGCUCCAACAUGAGAUCCAAUUAUCUACAAAAUAUGCUGCAAUUGAUAUUGGCAAUGACUCAUGCAUAGUGCGACAUCAUACCAAAGUUAAUGGAGGUCGUUCUGUCAGUUGGAUAGAUGAAGAAGAAUCAAUUCAUUGCUCUUGUAAAGAAUUUGAAUUUUCUGGAAUAUUGUGUAGACAUGCUAUUCAUGUGCUAUUGAUGAAAAAUUAUUCGUGA